AUGGGGCAGAAGCACAAGCGUCGCGCGUGUGCACCCUGUGGUGAGCUGCGCCACGCUGCAGGUCUUCACCCAGGAGCCAUCACGGCCGUGUAUGUCAUUUGCUGGCUGCCGUGUCGUGGCCGUAGGCUCGUGUUCCGCUAUAUCGCUGAGGAUGUGUGGGCACUGGAGGACCUGUGCGGCUGGGCUGGGGUCUCCGCAUCUCUGCCAAUGACCAGUGUCCUCUUCUCCGUGGGCUGUGUGGUGACCCCGGUCCUAUAUAACGUCAUGUCUUCCUCCUCCCAGAAGCUCUUCUGGGAGCCCUCACUGCCCUGUGUGAGCAUGUUGGUGUCCUUCGUGCUGCCGCUGGCGCUCACUGCCUUCCUGAAUGGGGCCACUGUGAACCACCUGGUGGUCCUCUACUCCCAGAUUCCAUCAGCCUGGGCCCCGGUCAGCUCCAUACCCUGCCACCCGGAGCUACUGAGUGAGGAGGGUCUCCUGGGUGUCAUCACGUGGAGAACCCCCUUGGGUGCCCAAGCCAGCCUGGUGAGACACAGUGCCAGCCAGAUCCACAGCCUGCAGCAAAGCGUCCGGGUUCUCAGAGCCAUCGCGGCCGUGUAUGUCAUUUGCUGGCUGCCGUGUCGUGGCCGUAGGCUCGUGUUCCGCUAUAUCGCUGAGGAUUUCUACUCCAGCUUGCUCUACAAUUUUUACCACUGCUUCUACGCAGUGACCAGUGUCCUCUUCUCCGUGGGCUGUGUGGUGACCCCGGUCCUAUAUAACGUCAUGUCUUCCUCCUCCCAGAAGCUCUUCUGGGAGCCCUCACUGCCCUGUGCCUGCCCCGCGGCCACUAAGAACUCACACGCCUACCACUCGCUGCCUGCCACAGCAGCUCCCACUGCUUCCCAGGGGAAAACCGGAUGA